AUGGACAGCGAGAAGAGGGCAGAGCAGCUUGCACCGCAGAGCGACAAAGAUGCCGACCUUGAGAGACCACCCACCUACCAGCGUGGCGAGACAACCAUCGUCACCUCGGGCGUGGAUGAUGCCGGGUAUUAUAGGAGGCUUUCGAAACGACAGAUAAUGAUGAUGACUUUCGGAGCCGGCAUCGGAAUAGGCCUGUGGGUUGGAACCGGGACUGCGCUGAAAUUUGCUGGACCAGGCGGCAUCGCCGUUGCGUAUACCAUUGUAGCCUUUGUCGUAUGGCUACAGUGCAUGUCGAUUGGCGAGAUGACAGCAUACAGGCCCGUACACGGUGGCUUUAUUCGGCAGGAAGCUGAAUAUGUUGACCCAGCUUUCGGUUUCGCAUGUGGCAUCAACUUCUGGUUCGAAUGGGUUAUGAUUAUUCCGGCUGAAAUCACGGCCGCAAUUUCCAUGUUCCCAGUGCGAAUAUACGGCCAUAUCGAGUACUGGUUUUCAUGGGUGAAGAUCCUUGCAAUCAUUGUCAUGAUCUUCUUCUUGUUUAUCAUGGCUAGCGGAGGCGUUGCGGCUACCAAUGGGCCACUCGUUUUCACAUACUGGAAAAAUCCAGGUGCUUUCAAUAACGGCAUCAAAGGCAUUGCCAAAGCGUUUGUGCAGGCCGGAUUCUCUUUUGGUGGAGGAGAGCAUAUCGCCAUCAUCGCAGGCGAGGCAAAGGAGCCCAGGAGAACGGUGAAAGCCACUGUAUGGCCAAUCUUCUGGCGAAUGUUCUGCUUCUUUGUGCUCAAUAUCUGGCUUGUCGGGAUGUGCGUGCCUUUCAACGACGCGGAUCUUGUGAGUGCAUCUGGAACUCUCGGCUCACCAUUCGUCAUUGCAGUGCGCAGAGCCAAGCAAGGCUGGCUAGCGCAUGGAUUGAACGCUUUUGUCUUCAUCGGCGUUAUUAGCUGUGGGAUCACGAGCGUUUACAUUGCCAGUCGGAGUUUGACUGCCCUGUCAGACAUCAAGCUCAUCCAUCACGUAUUUGGCAGAAAAGAUAAGGCCGGACGUCCUCGGGUCGCACUAGCAAUCAGCGUGGCUAUCGGCGGUGGCCUCUGCUAUCUCAAUUGUAAUGACACGGCGUAUACUGUGUACUCCUGGUUCUCGAGCCUGGUCGCAAUCGCCGCAUUCUUCCAAGGGGGCUCGUUGUUCAUCACACACUGCUUCUUCAGAGCUGCUCUGCGGGCACAGCAUAUUGACUAUCGAGGAUUGCCUAGCAAGGCGCCAUUCGCUCCAUAUGUCCAGUAUCUUGGCAUUCUUAUCAUCGUCUUUAUCCUGGCGUAUGAGUUCUACCUCAGCGUCGCUCCUUUCGGCGAGAAAGGAAGCGUCAAGACCUUCUUUGCCAACUAUCUUGGUGCGCCACUUUUCUUCUUCGACCUCAUUGUGUACAAGCUCUGGUAUGGAACAAAGCUUGUGAAGCCCGGCGAAGUCGAUUGCAGCUUUCGUAUUCGAUGA